AUGGCAGACUUCGACCCAGCCUUGCCGGACCUGCCUGCCCUGUACUACCGACGCCUCUUCCCCUCGGUCUACGGGCGCUGGCUCCGCUACGGCGACGUGACAAAGAACUACUUUCAACGGCGAGAGUUCUCAUUCACGCUCCGCGAUGAUAUUUAUGUGCGGUACCAGUCUUUCAACACACCCCAGGAACUGGAGAAAGAGAUCCAGAAAGUGUGCCCUUACAAAAUUGACAUUGGAGCCGUGUUCUCACACAAGCCCAUCCAGCACAAUACUGUUCAUAUGAGUGCUUUCCAAGCCCAGGAGAAAGAGCUGGUGUUUGACAUUGACAUGACAGAUUAUGACGAUGUUAGACGAUGCUGCAGCUCUGCAGAGAUCUGCUCUAAGUGCUGGACUCUCAUGACGAUCGCCAUCCGCAUCAUAGAUCGGGCACUUGUAGAGGACUUUGGCAUUAAGUACCGCCUCUGGGUGUACUCAGGACGAAGAGGUGUGCACUGCUGGGUGUGUGAUGAGUCAGUCAGAAAGUGGUCUUCAACACUCCGCUCGGCGGCAGCAGAAUAUCUCACCAUAGUGAAGGGUGGUGAAGAAACCAUCAAAAGUUCGUCAGAAUUCGAAGAAAACCAAGAUUCAGUUCAGCGCUGGAAACUUUUGAAAAAACAGAAACUGGAACGCACUGAGUGGGAAAUCAUGCUACAGUACUGCUUUCCUCGGCUGGAUAUUAACGUUAGCAAAGGAAUUAACCACUUGCUGAAGAGCCCAUUCAGUGUUCACCCCAAAACAGGUCGUAUUUCGGUACCAAUUGACCUAACAAAAUUAGAUGAAUUUGAUCCAUUCGCUGUUCCCACUAUCAGCCGCCUCUGUCAUGAGCUAGACACGAUUAGGAAUGAUGAUGGGGAUGGAAAGGAAAAUGAAGGAGGGACUGAAUGUACUCGCAGGAGCAGAGAUUACAGGAAAACCAGCCUUGCUCCAUAUGUGAAAGUUUUUGAGCAGUUUGUGGAGGAAAUGGAAAGCUCACAGAGAGGGGAACGUCUCAGGGCUAGCGACAUGCAGCUGGAUUUUUGAAGUCUUUUGAGCUCUUGAUGCAGAGCAGUGAUGGCCAGCCAGAUAGCAGUGAUUCAUUGUAGAAGGAACUCAAUUAAGUCUUUUCUUAAAUUCUUGCAGUGACCAGCUUUAUUUAGAGAACCGAACAAAACUGAUCUUCCAUUUUGCUGUCUGUUUAUUCUCCAAGAACCUGUUCAGACCUUAACUGUAUGGAAGUCACUCCCCCCCCCCCAGCAGCUACCUCUUAACCAGUGCUUGCCUUGCCUACUAUUUCAGCCUUUUAAGUGAAUUCUACCCAUAUAGAAUUUGGGUCAAGCUGCUGCUUAAGCAAGUUUUACAGCUUAAAAACCAGAUGUAAAUAAAACAUAAAUGGCACAAUUAUCUGGUUUCACUGAAUUAUGCAUGUGCUCAUAUCUUACCCAAUGAACUCAGGACUCCUGAAAAGAACUGAAUUUUGGCUGCAUUGUGAUAUUUAAUAUUGACAUAUGCAACUGCAUAAAGAUAUGUAUGUUUAAUACUGACAUACUUAUGUAUGGCUCUGUGCCUUUUGGGCAACUGUUCAAAGAAACUGGCAAACAUGCAUAAUUCAUUUUCUACAGUCAGGAGGGUUUGCUUCUACAGCACAAAAGAUAUAAUCAAUAUAGUUCCAUUUUUUUAUUUAUUUUCCACCCAGAGCUUACAACGAGUUUUGCUUUGGUUUUUUUUUGGGGGUGCGGGGGUUGUUUUGUUUUGACAAGGUGGGGCGAGACUACAACUCCCAGACCAUCCCUGUGUCCUACAACCAGCUUGAUCACUAUAGUAGCUGGGGAAUCUAAAAAAAAAAGUAAACUCACAGCGAAGACAAAGGAACUGUAUGAUAAACAUUAUGUACUUGAAAUAUUGUGUUCAACCACAGAUUCAAAUAAGCCUAAAAUUUGAAGAGUAAAACAGAAAACAUAAGUGUCCCUUGAUGUGACAGGCAGUACAUUUCUUUGUGCCACUGCAGUCUAUCACAAAUAUUUAUUGCUUUAGGAGGAAGAAAACAAAGUGAGUAUGUAACACCGCUGAGGUGGAAGCACAAUCUUCCCCUCCUGCUGUGACACUGAGGCCUGACUGAAUAGCUAAAACUUUAACUCAGUUCAAGACCAUUAAAUCAGGUAUGACUGAAAAUAAAACAAACACACACAAAUAUUGUCUCUAGGCCUCGGGCUUUCAUUUGGUAUCUUAUUGUGUAUUGUUUGAAUGGUUUUGUAGCCUUUCGUGGUGUUUCCUAGUUGUUUGGUACUCUGCUGAAUGCUGUUUUAUUAUAAAGCAAUCCAGAAUAGCACUUUAAAAUGGCAGUAGGGACUCGGGGUGCAGUUACAGAAGGAAAAAACUGGUUUGCACAAUAUUGUCAAAAUCUCAUUGGAAUGAUUACAGUAAAGCAGUGAAAUGCUGUUGUGCUCUAAAAAGCAAUUCCUGUAAGCCAGUGGCAGCUUGUAGCUUUCAGGUCAGUGGGGCAUUAAAUCUGCUUCAGGUUGGUGUCGUAUCUUUAUGGUCCAAACCUGUUUGUGUUUUUUAAUUUAGAAUAACAUAUUACAAGUAAAGAAGAUAGAUUAAAGAAAGAAUAUAAAAUAAAAAAAACACCAAAGACAUCAUAUUAGACAUACAUACAUGCAUAAACAAAUACAACAAACUUAACUAUCUACAUAUUUACAUUAUCAUUGAUAUCGAUAUUCUUCUAUUUUUAUCUUCCUUUACAGUUGGAUAUUCCAGCAUAUUGUAAAUUAAAUGUUUAUUCCUAUUUUUUAUCAUAUGUCUGUUAAAUUCACGUGGUUGCAUUCUUAACACUUAAGUAAAAAAUAAAAUUUAUCAUUUUAAUAUUUUUGCCCUUUCGUCAUAUAUCUUAAGACAGUUCCAUUAUUUUUCUAAGCUUUCCUUUGAUUUCCCUUUUAGUAAAGCUUCCAAUACAUCCAUAUUUCAAGCUUCAUAUAGUUUGACUAACAAUUCUUCGGUUGAUGGUAUAAUUGACUCUUUCCAAUGUUGUGCAAAUAAAAUUCUUGCGCACGUCACCAUAUACAAAACGAUUCUAUGAGAUUUUGUAUCUUUUAUGUUGCAGGUUAUAUUUAACAGGAAUAAUUUUGGAUCGAGAGGUAUUUUUAUACAAAGGAUAUUUUGAAUUGUCUCAUGUAUCUUUUUCCAGUAUUCUUUAGUUUUGUUACAAGACCACCAUAUAUGAAAAAAGUUUCCCUCCGGUUUACCACAUUUCCAGCAUUUGUUGUUACCUGUUUUAUAUAUAUGAUUAAUUAGUUGUGGUGUUAUGUACCAUCUAUACAUCAUUUUUAAGUAAUUUUCUUUAUAGCUUUGACAUAAUGUAAACUUAUUUGUUUCUUUCCAGGACUUUUCCCAUUCAUCUAGUGUAAUGUUAUUUUGUAUAUCUUCCGCCCAUUUCACCAUACUGUGCUUGAUGGUCUCAUUUUCUAGGUCUCUUUUUUCAGCAGUUUAUAAUACUGUAUUUAGAAAUAUGUUUCCCUUGAUUAUCUAUUAAGAUUCUGUCAAUUUCAUUAUUAAUCAGAGUCAGUCUAGGAGUUUUAUUAUCUUGGUUGAAGCGACUCUUUAAUUGGUUAUAUAAAAACCAGUCUGUCAUAUACCCUUUUUUUCCAAUUUCCUCCAUUAGUAUAGUAUAUUCUCCAUCAGCUUUCUUAGUUAUUAUGUCUCCAUAUCUUAACCAUCCUAGUUGUCUAUUUUUUGUUGUUAUAAUAGGCUUUUUGUAUUGACACCCAAGGGGUAUAUUUCUAUAAAAUUGAUUUUUCACCCUAUACCAUAUUUUAAGUAAUGCCCUUCUUACCACAUGUUGGUUAAAGAUACUAUUCUCUUUCGGGUUUGUGUACCAUAAAUAUGCAUGGAUACCUAGUUUUAGAUUGCAUCCUUCUAUAUUCAGCAGAUCAUCAUCACUUAAUUUAAACCUGUUUUGAGGACAGAGUUGAAUAGAUUAGUUAAAGUGCAGGCUGAAAAUUAGGGCAGAUUCACUGCCCUACUGAUAUGGAAACCACCACCGGCCACUACUGGAAGAUGAUAAACCAUGGGGAGAGGGUAGCAGGAAGCCUUCCUACGUAUGGAACCCACCUGUACUCUCUGUAGCAACCUUCCUUAUGUACAUGGUGCACCAUGAUUAGUUGUAUGUCCCUUUGUGGGAACCCACAAGACAGAGUUCAGAAUCUUUCUUGCAGGGAUAAAGUAGAUAUAAAGUGAGACAGCUGAAAAGCUAUAUGUGGCUUAAAAUUAAGCAAAACACAGGAGCGGACUACAACUUUAACCUUAAUUACACACAAAGUGGUUUCAGUAGCUCUACCUUACAGCCUGUAAAGCAAGGAUGGGAAUUGUUCCCAUCUUUGCUUACAGCCUGUAAAGCAAGGAUGGUAAUUGUUUCUCGAGGUUAUUGGACUGCAGCUCCCAUCACGCUAAACAGCAUAGCCAGUGGGUGAGGAAUGCUGACAGCUGUAGUUCAACAUCUGGAGAACCACCUGAUUCCCAGGCUUCCUGAAGAAUACAGUACAUAUAUCUAAAGGGCUAUGACAACUAUGGUGUCACCAUGUCUCUUAUAUCUGUAAAUUGAUGUGCAUAUACUUCUAACAUUAAGACUGUUUCUUUCUCUUAUGAAGAAUGUAUUCCAUUUUGUCCUUUCAUCUAUUUGUAUAUAUUUCAUCUGUACUUCUUUUUGCAAGUAUUUUUUAAAUAAAAUGUUGCAUAAAUUACUUUCAAAGGCC